GAACUAUGGUUCGCGUAAUAGCAUUAUUGAUCUAAUUGCGACAGGAAAAUUCUUUUCGAAUUAACUUAUGCUAUUCGUGGUCGUCGAUCAACAUGUUACUAAAAUAUUUGGCAAGUGUGAUGGACCCACUGGAUUAUGAGAAUCAAGUAAUGGGUAUAGUUUGGUCCCCAAACGGCUUAAAACUAGCUAUCGCAUCCUCCGAUCGUUUUAUUUACCUGUUCGACGACAAUUGUGUGAAACGAGACAAAUUUUCAACUAAACCUAUCGAUUCAAAGUUUAGCAAGAAAAGCUACUUGAUCAAAGACAUAGCUUUUUCCCCGGACUCUACCAAAAUUGCAGUUGGUCAGACCGAUUGCAUCGUUUACGUCUACAAAAUUGGCGAACAAUGGGGGGAUAAGAAAGUAAUUUGCAACAAGUUUCGCCAAAGUUCGUCGGUAACUUGUUUAAUUUGGUUACUGGAGGGACCUAUUAUAGUUGGUUUGGUGGAUGGAAAGAUUCGUGCAGCAUUACCAAAAUCUCAGAAAGCUCAGACUCUCUAUGCAGCCGAUUCCAUGACUAUUGCAUUGACUUCCAAUGUCCGUGGUACGGGAUUUCUAUCGAGCCACGCCGAUGGAAGUAUUAUUAAGUAUCAUUUGACCGACGACGGCAGUCACGAGCCAUCAGGGCGAAUUUGCACGCACAGUGUACCCGCGUAUGCUCUGGCAUGGCCACAAUCACACAUCGUGGCGGCCGGGUGCGACAGACGGGUCACGUUUUACGAUUCUCGCGGGAAACCGGUCAAGAGUUUCGAUUACAGCCGCGAAGAUGAGAAAGAGUUCACGGUUGCAUGUUGCAGUCCCAGCGGACAGAGCGUUGCCCUCGGCUCCUGGAACAGAAUCAGGAUCAUGGACUGGAGUCCCAGACGCGACAUCUGGGAAGAAGCAAACGUUAAAUCUUUGCCAAAUUUCUACACAGUUACCGCCAUCUCGUGGCGUCGCGAUGGAUCAAGGCUCCUCGUGGGCAGCCUUUGUGGUGCUGUGGAACAAUUCGAAACUGUUUUAAAGAGGACGGUAAUAAAAGGAAGUCACGAGGUGGCUUAUGUGGGUCCUAGUCAAGUGGUAAUUCGACCAUUGAAAGAAGGCAACAGACCAGUGGUCAUCAGAUCGCAAACUGGGCAUGAAAUAGAGGACGUCAAAGUCCUGGGACGGGCUGAUAACAAUGUAAUUGCUCGUACAGCCAAUACAUUACUUCUAGCCGAUGUAGAAUUGAACCUAAUCAGUGAAAUUCCAUGGGAUGAAAAGAGUAAUAGUGAGAAAUUUUUCUUCGAAUAUCCCAGAGUGUGUCUGAUCUUUUGUUCCGGGGAACUGACCAUCGUAGAAUAUGGAAAUAACGAACCAUUGGGCGCUGUGAGGACAGAAUCGGUGAAUCCCCACGUGGUCAGUGUAAGAAUAAACGAAAGACAGGCGCCAGGAGCUUUAGAUAACAAAAGAUUGGCUUAUUUAUUGGAUCCAAGGACAGUUAGGCUAGUGGACCUUGUAACUAGCGCCACAGUCGCCAUGAUUGCUCAUGAGGUGCGGGUAGAUUGGCUAGAACUGAGCGAAACUGGCCAGAGACUACUGUCCCGCGACAAAAAGGCAAGGUUGUGGUUGAGCGACGAUCUAGGUGGGCGAAGCUUGCUUCUAACCGGGGUGAGCUUCGCCUCUUGGGUGUUGGGCAGCGACGUGGUUGUGGCCCAAAGCAGCCAAACACUGGCAGUUUGGUAUAACGUCGACGCUCCGGAGGUGGCUACGCUGAUUCCAGUCCGUGGAGACGCUAUGGACAUUGUUAGAGAAGAUGGCCGAACUUCCGUGACAGUGGACGAGCUCGGUGGAAAAGUAGCUUACUUAUUGGACGAACCUCUGAUUGAAUUCGGUACUGCAUUGCACGAUAACGACUUUGGUAGAGCUUUGCUGUUUCUGGAAGAGCUCGCGGACAGGCCACAAGCGGAGGCCAUGUGGGAAAAUGUGGCCAGAAACGCGAUGACCACCAGACAAUUACUGGUCGCUGCCAGAUGUUAUGCAGCUUUGGGAGAUGUGGCUUGUUCCAGAUUUCUCAAGAACAUUAUAAAAGUCGGUGAACAGUAUAGUUCAGAAACUGGAAACGAUCCUCUUUCGAGUCCAGACUGUUGGGCCAAGCUUGCAAUCCUAAAUGGCGAGUUGAAGACGGCGGAGGCAAUAUACUUGGAACAGAACGAAUUGAAUCAAGCCUUGGAUAUGUACCAAAAGUAUUGGCGGUGGGAGGACGCGCUGCUCCUGGCACAGAAUCGUGGCUGGCCUGGUUUACAGGAACUUAGGGACAGGCAAUUAACCUGGCUACUCGAAAGCGAUCAGGCAGCCAGGGCAGCCGCUAUUUUGGAGGCCUCGAAUCCUCGACAAGCCGUCAAAUUGUACCUGGAGUCGCGACGAGCCGGAAGAGCAGCCAGAUUAGUCCUGGCCGACGAUGAUCUGUUGGAAAACAAGUCGAUCGUCAAUGAAAUUGUUAAGGUUCUGAAGGCAACCGACCUGAUGGAACUGGCUGGAGAACUUUUGGAGAGGACCUCGGAGCCCCUGGAAGCCAUCAAGUGCUACUCUUACGCGGGAGUGUUCGCCAGAGCACUGGAGUUGGCUCGAAAGGUGGAGCCAACUUCUGUAGUGGAUCUGGAACGCGAUUGGGGCAAGCAUUUAGCCUCUGCAGGGCAUUACGACGCGGCUAUCAAUCAUUUCAUCGAAGCUGGAGAGACUGCCCUUGCCCUGGACGCCGCUAUCAAUGCCCGCCAGUGGAGAAAGGGUUUACAGAUCGUGCAAGUAAUAGAAGACGACGGGCCGGCAAUACGAAAAAAGUGCGAGAAAUUGGCAGAGUAUUUCGCCACGAUAGGCGAAAAGAGCCUCGCGGAGAGGCUUUUCGUUCGCGCGGGGGAUCUCAGACGCGCCGUGGAGGUUCACGUACAGAGUGGGGAUUGGAUGCGCGCGUACCAAGUGGCCCAAGACAAUAUGACACCCGAGGAAGCUAAUCAAGUAUUGGGGAAGCACGCGGCCGCCCUAUGCGAUUCUGGAGAUCUAAAACGCGCCGAGGAGUUGUACCUCGCUAUAGGCGAGCAUGACACGGCCAUAGCGAUGUACAAAAAAGCAGGCCGUCGGGCAGACAUGGUCAGAUUGGUAGGGAAAUACAGGCCGGAUUUGCUCAAGCCGACUCACGCGCAUUUGGCGCGAGAAUUGGAAGCUUCGGGCAAGCCCAGAGAGGCUGAAGAGCAUUUUAUCGCGGCUGACGAUUGGCGAGGCGCUGUCACUGCCUAUAGGUCGAACAAUCUCUGGGAAGAUGCCCUAAGAGUGGCGAAACAGCAUUCUGGGGACAGCACUGCCCAACAGGUUGCGUUAGUGUGGGCACGCACCUUGGCCCCGGAGCUUGGAGCAAGAUUGCUGAUGCGGUUAGGCUACCUAAAGGGUUGCCUUCAGCUGGCCUGCGAGGCUGAUCUCUUCGAUUGGGCCUUGGAAAUCGUCAAAUAUGCCGACGAAGACCAAAAGAAGGAGGUCCAUUAUAGACACGCGAUGGUUUUAGAAGACGCUGGUCACUUAUCCGAGGCUGAAAAAGAAUUCAUAAAAGCGGGUAGGCCCAUGGAGGCGGUUCAAAUGUACAUUCAUACUCACGACUGGGAAUCUGCUGAAGAUGUUGCGCAAACGAUCGACCAGGAUGCUGUUGCGCAAGUAUUGGUGGCCAGGGCCGCAAAUGCAGCGGAUUCCCAAGACUAUUCCUUGGCAGAAUCCCUUCUGCUUAGAGCCCACAAGCCUGAAACUAUUGUGGAUCACUACAAAAAGGCAGGAAUGUGGUCCGAGGCUCUGCGCGUGUGCAGAGAGUAUUUGCCGAGCCAAGAAGCGAAUCUUCGUCGAGAAUUGGGCCAGAAAACCGUCUCAUUAGCCGACGGAGAUGCUUUAGAGGAAGCUAAAAAAUGGCUGGAAGUCGGAGAAGUCCGAGCUGCCCUGGAUGUCUUAAUUUUAGAUCCUCAAGCACCUAGAUCCUCUCUUAUCAGAGCAGCGGACAUCCUGAUUCAUCAGGCCGACCCGGAAACUGCAAGUCAAGUGGGUGGGGGCCUUGGAACGAAAUUGUUCGAGAUCGGUGAACACGCUUUGGCUGCUCAGGUAUUUCUGCAAGCAGACAGACUGAAGGACGCCAUUGAAACGUUAGCGUCAGUAGGGGAGUGGGAAAAGGCCAGACGAAUCGUAAGAGAACUGGCACCAGACAUAGAACCUUACCUCGAAGAGAAAUACAGGGAGGCUAUGUUGAAAGACGGACAAAUAGAUCGAUUGGUGGAAAUCGAUGUGGAUGCUGGCUUGGAAAUGCUGGCGAACAAGGGCCAAUGGAAUCAGCUGUUCGAAGCAGCCAGCUCCCAGGACUCUCAGAUUCUCCACAAAUACAUAGCGCAGCGAGCUGCACAACUUUUGAAAGGGCACUCCCCAAUAGAGGCUCUGCAUCUGUACGCAAAAUACGGGGCGCCGCCCAUCCCACAAAACUGCAAUCUCUAUUUACAGUUAUCCGAAAGCGUCCUGAACUCCGAGGCGUACUACGAAUACAAGUAUCUGGCCCUUCUUCGAACGGUUCUCCUCGACAUUUGUACCAAUCUGAAGUCCUCUGCGACUUCCAACUCCAAGUUCGAACGGUUUCUCGAGUCGGCACAUUACGCGGCUGUGAAGCGUGGGUGUCAGGGUCACCCAGUACUCUCUGGUCUGGUUCUAAAGGCCUCGAUUAGUUUGUUGAGAUACACGGACUUCCUCGUUGCGGAUCGUGCAUAUUACGAGGCCGGCGUCGAAGCCAGAACAGCCGGUUUAAACAGCGAAGCUUUUGUUUUUCUAAACCACUUCUUGGACCUGGAGGAGUGCAUCGAAGAGGGCGACAGCACGGUGCUUGACGUCGACGAUCUGGCAGUCACGGACUUUCCCACGCAAGUCCCGUUGCCCGAAUCUCUGAGCAUGUCGCCGGAACAGCGAGAAGAAGCUCGAGAAUGGGUGCUGACGGUGUCGAUGGACCAGAAAGUGGAUCAGACUCUACCUACCGACCACCGUGGCGUCUAUGUGGGAUCACUGAACUCGCCAUCUACAGAAAUCGAGCUCCUCCAGGGCUGCAUAUUGACCGGGUACCCAGUGCGGGGCUCGACGAUUCGAUUUGCGCAGAGUGAACGUGUGGCGGACCGAGACGAUUGGUCAAAGCUGAUCAACACGGCUCAACAAACUCCUCAGGACUCACCGCUAAAUGAUAUCCUAGCUUUCGUACAAGAAUGGUGCGGAACAGUUCCCAGCUAUUACUUCUGAAAUAAUUUUGCAUUAGUUUCUCUUUGAAA